GCAUAUUAUGUAACGGAAAUGCUGCCCGCGUCCGGGAAACCGGCCGGCCCGGCGACGGGAUUCGUUCUGCAGUGGCGUUAUGGGAAAGCGGCCGGGCGAACCGGACAAGAAGGCCAGGCUGCGGAGAUCGAGGUGCAUAUAUGUCUUAGUUGGUGUCGGAGCCGGAGAUGGUCGAGGAGGAACUGACGAGAAGUGGCGGUGAAACUGAGGAGGGGGUAAGGAGCGACGUGGCAAUUCCAUGAGAUGUUCCAAGAAAAUAUGAAACGAUUCGACUGCGCAUGAUAAAUUACUAACAUUUCAACCAGGCCGGCCAAAAGCCGGCCGUGACAGAUAACCUAACCCGAAUUAAACAUUACCAAACAUAACGAUAACAUAACAUACCAUAUAAUAUACGAUUAACCGGCGAGUUUACACUAUGCUCGCCGGAACCAGGCCGGCCAAAAGCCGGCCACGACAAAUCAGUCUCACCAGUAACCCCAAACUAAACAGUACCAAACAUAAUUACAACAUAACAUACCAUACGAUUAACCGGCGAGUUUCUACUAACUAUAUGCUCGCCGAACUCUUGAAGCCAUAUAUCGCACCACUCUGGACUGCCCACACCGUCACGCUCCUUACCCUCCAUCUGCAGUUUCACCGUCACUUCCAAAGUUCCUCUUGUUACCAUCCCGGGUCCGACGAGCACCUCGAUCUGCAGCCGGCAAUGGCUUUCUACAGUCCAAACCGCCCGGCCGAACGCCUUCCCACUGCAGAACGAACACGAGCAAGUUACACGGACGCGGGCAGUGUUUCCGUGAUCGUGGUCCUUUGGAAAAGGCUGAUGUCCAGACUCGUCCACUCGCCGUUUCCUGAUCCUUUCGGUUGCUGCUGCCGCUGCUGCAUGCCGUACUCUACGCCGUCGAGCUCCCGCACAUCCUCUUGCUUCGUCCAGAGCACUGAACCGCAGUCGGCCGGAAAUUGUUGUAGUGCACUGUGCCGUCGUAGCGGCCCGACGAGAAUCCCUCCACAGGCCCGGUGGUCACCGGGCGGCGUCCUGGUCCGACAGCCCGUCACCCCUCAAAAGAUCCUCUCGUCGUCUUUGGUGUGCAGUAUGUCUGUAAAAGACGGUAAUGGACAUUUAACACCAGCGUUUAUACUCGAUGGGGUAGUUCGAAUCGUCCGGUCCCUAGUCGUGGGCCGAAAAGUUGAAGUUUCAAAAGAAUGCAUUAAACAUAAAAAAAAAAUUGUCAUUUUCUUAGAUAAAUAA